AUGUCUGAUUGUGAAGAAAUCGGAAAUGAACUGGUUGAUAGGCACCGAAAAGAGAAAAAGGAAAUGAGAGGUAAUUUUUGAAGACUUACACGAACUCGCUAAUUUUCUCAUUUUUUCAGCCAAAAUUUUGGCGAUGAAAAAAGCUGCCAAAAGUGGAAAUAAACAAAAACAGAAGGAAACGAAUGCUGAGGUAUCUAGAUAUUUCAAGUUUUCGAGCCACAAAAAUUAUAAUAUUUUUAGUGUGAAAAAAUCGAGAAAGAAAUGGAAGAUCGGCAUAAAAAGGAGAUCGCUGAACAAGAAGAAUUGAAGCCAGUCGAACAAGAACCAGUAGCUGAAAAUGAGAAUCCUCAGCAAAUCGAAAACGAGGAAAAUGAAGAGGAUGCUGGAUUCUACAAGGAAACGAAGAUCAGUGGGAAAGCUGCCAAAAAACAAGCAAAGAAAAAAGCGGCGGAUGAAAAAUGGAAAAAUGCAAUGAAAGAAGAUAAAGCGGCCAGCAAAACAUCGGAUAAAUAUUUUGAAAAUGAGAUUAUUACCAAAAUUUUGGCUGAUAAAUCGAUGCAAAUGUUCGAAAUUUUACCCGACGGUGAUUGUAUGUAUAAUUCGAUUGCACAUCAACUCACAAAAAUUGGAAAUGAGGUAAGAAUAAUUCUUGAAAAGUAAUUAAAGGAUUUUAUAUUAGAUCUCUUCACGAUCAGAAAUACUGUGUCAAAUUUUCUUAAAAAUCAUCCCAAUUUUUUUUUCGAUCAAAAAUUUGUAAAUCUGGAAGGUCUUCCAGUUUUACAAAUGUAUAAUUAUCGAGCCAAAUUUAAAGAUUUGAGGCUAAAAUUGAUUGAAAUUCGUAUGGUGAGCAUCUUACGAACAAUAUUCAAAGAAAUAACUAUUUUUCUGAUCAAUUUUUUUUUCGAUCAAAAAUUUGUAAAUCUGGAAGGUCUUCCAGUUUUACAAAUGCAUAAUUAUCGAGCCAAAUUUAAUGAUUUGAGGCUAAAAUUGAUUGCAAUUCGUAUGGUGAGCAUCUUACGAACAUCUCACAAACGAAGAUGUCUUAUCAAAGGAGACUGUCUCGCUUGGGGACUAACAGCCCCUAGUCAUUAACUAAAAUUCUUGCUCAUAUUUAAAUUUAAAAAUAAGUAUUUUUCCAGACAAAUGGCAAAAAAUUGAGACAAUUAUGCGCUGAAUAUAUGAAAAAUAAUAAAGAUGAUUUCCUUCCUUUUAUUGCUGAUGAGAAUUUUGGAGGUGAAGAAUCGGAUUGGUUGAAAUAUUUGGAUGGUGUUCGAAAUUCGGCUGAUUCUGGAGGUGUUUGGGGAGGAGAUUUGGAAUUGAAUGCUUUAUCGAGAUGUUUGAAACGAGUUAUUCAAGUUUACAAAACGGAUGGAGAAAGAAAAUAUGGAGAAGAAUUCGACGGUGAAAAUCAUAUACCAAUUAGGAUAGUUUAUUUGAGAAGAGCUUUUCAACUUGGAGAACAUUAUAAUUCGACUGUUUGAUCUUUUAUUGAAUUUCUUAUUGCUCAUAAAUUAUGUUUAACUGAUUGUGAAGAGAGAAAAAGCUUUGUGAUUUAUUUAGAGAUUUGGACACGACAUAUCAAGUUUUACAAAAUUCAAACGUAAAAAUAUAACAUUUUGAUUCAAGCUUUUUCAUGUAUUUUUUGAAUAGAAAUGGAUAUCCAUUUUUUUCCAUGUGGAAAAAUUUUAAUUUUUCCCUUUAAAAAAACGCAAAAAUACAUUCUCUCCUAAAUCCGCAAACACCUCCACACUAACACCAUGACGCAACCGUGCACACUGGCGACUUGCCAAGUGCAGCAAAUGCGCUCUGUUGCAAAGUUAUUUCAAUUUUAUUUGUUUUCUUUGGGAACCCGGAAAUCGAAAUUUUGGGGACCCGGAUUGAGUUUUUCUAACCUAAACAGUUAUUCCUUAGCUAAGGAACCGCAUGCAUUUGAAGUAGAUUCGUUUCAUCUAGGAUUUUAGCUCGGAAACCCUUAACAUUUCUCUCCAUUAAAGUAAAUUCAUCAAAUUCAAAGGGGCACGCUUAGUAACACUUUCUGCGCAGGGCCCACUAGUUCUAACAAAAAUCCCCACCCAUUCCCCCAAAAACCCCGAAAAACCGUGAAAUUUGGGUGGCCGAAAAUAAAAGGAAAAAAAUGUGUGUGCAAACACUGCGACGUCAGAAUGCACAAAACAUUUCACCUGACGCGCAGUUAUUUUCUUUUUUCGCACAUUUUUUUCACUUCUCAACACGAAAACCAUUGCAAAAAAUCGAGUGACCAGCUUUUUGUGUAUGUGAUAACAUAGAGGUCAAUAUGAUAAACAUUUUAUCUCUAUCUAAAAAGUAACUAUUUUCUGAUAAAGAUGAAAAAAUCACCCGUGAAUACAUAAAUAUCUAUUUGUCCUAUUUUUCAAUUUGAAAUAAUAAUAAAAAAUUUUAGGAUUCUCGUCUCAAUGAUUUCGAUGAUAUUGCACCAAUUGCUGAUAUAAUACAAAAUGGAACAUUGGAAGUUUCAAUGCAACAAGAUUCACAUGGAAUUUUGCCUUCAAAUUUCGAUGAUGUUGGAGGAUUCGGUUUCAUGAACAACAAGAAGAAUCAGGAAGAUUAUGCUGAUCCAUUUUCUGUUUCUUCAAAUUCCAGUCGAGGAAAACUGGAAUCUUAUGGAUUUGGAAGCGCUGCAAAACAAGCGAUUUAUAAUGAUAGUAAAUGGGUGAAAAGAUCGAAUCAAAUUCUGAAAAAGAUUUCGAAUGAAUUGGAGAAUAGUGAGAAAUUUGAAUUUUCGACAAUUGUUUCAUCGGUGAAAGAUAGAAAGCAAGCCGCAGAACAAUUUUAUUCGUUGUUAUCUUUGGCAAAAUCCCAAGCUAUUAGUGUGGAUUUUCAAAUAUUAUCGAAAAUCUCAUCGGUACCACGCGCUCGGUUUCGACUAAAUUUGUGCAUAGCGGCGCCAUCUGAAUUUAAAGUUGCAACACAAAAAUUAAAAAUUUUAUUAUAUAAGAGAUUCUGAAAAUGCCCACUCCAACUUUCCACAUGAUCGAACUAAAACUUCAUUUGAAUAUUAGAAAAAAUCGAAUAUUAGUAACAAAAUUUUUCGAACCGGCCUUUCGUAAUUUUAGCGAAAUAGAGAAUGAGACUCUCUUUGAGUGCCCGUUUCAAUCGAAAAGAAAGGUCACGUUUACUAUAAUCAAUAAUUUAGGUCGGUCAAGCUGA